GUGGCGCUGUAGCAUAUUGAAGUAAACGGAAAUGACACAAUCUGAAAAGUCUCUACCUCAAGUUCCCCGGUAUGUAUGGAGCGGAAUGACGUGGACUAUGGGCGACGGCGACUGCGACUGUGGAGUGAUUCAUUCCCCAAUGAAAGUAUGGUUUAUUUUAAUCGAAGUGAAACAGAAAUAAGUGCAGUUUAUAAAUUAAUUAAAUAACGCAAUUGAAACAAGAAAAGGAAAAAAAACACGCCAUUGUAAUAACAAGGCUAUUUCAACAUGAAGUUACUUCAUAAAGAUAUCGAGAAAGAUUAUGCUGGUCAAGUGACCCUAAUGCCGGAGGAGGCCGAGGACAUGUGGCACACCUACAACCUCCUGCAGGUGGGAGACAGCCUGAGAGCCUCCACCAUAAGGAAGGUACAGACAGAGUCAUCCACAGGCAGUGUUGGCAGCUCCAGGGUUCGCACUACAUUGACAGUGUCUGUGGAAGCCAUUGACUUUGACUCUCAAGCCUGCCAAUUGAGGGUGAAGGGAACCAACAUCGAGGAGAACCAGUAUGUUAAGAUGGGUGCCUAUCACACCAUUGAGCUGGAGCUCAACCGGAAAUUCACACUUGCCAAGAAAAUCUGGGACAGCGUUGUGCUGGACAGGAUAGAGCAGGCUUGUGAUCCGGCUCAGAAGGCGGACGUGGCAGCUGUGGUGAUGCAGGAGGGCCUAGCCAAUGUGGUCCUGGUCACCCCUGCCAUGACUUUGCUUAGGGCUAAGGUUGAGGUGACCAUUCCCCGCAAGAGGAGGGGAAGCUGCACUCAACAUGACAAGGCUUUAGAGAGGUUCUAUGAGGCAGUGAUGCAGGCAAUUCUCAGACAUAUCAACUUUGAUGUUGUGAAAUGUAUUCUGGUGGCAAGUCCAGGUUUUGUGAAGGACCAGUUUAUCAGUUACUUGUUCCGGGAAGCAGUGCGGCAGGACUCCAAGGUCCUGCUGGAGAACAGGCCCAAGUUCAUGCUGGUGCACUCCUCCUCAGGACACAAGUAUUCUCUGAAAGAAAUUUUGUCUGACCCAGCUGUCACGAGCAGACUGUCCGAUACCAAGGCAGCAGGAGAGGUCAAAGCUCUGGAGGAUUUCUACAAGAUGCUACAACAUGAGCCGGACAGAGCUUUUUAUGGACUGGCACAUGUGGAGAAGGCUAAUGAGGCGAUGGCAGUUGACGUCUUAUUGAUUAGUGAUGAGCUUUUCAGGCACCAGGAAGUAGCAACUCGAAGUCGUUACGUACGGCUGGUUGACAGCGUGAGAGACAAUGGGGGGACCGUCAGAAUAUUUUCAAGCCUUCAUGUAUCUGGAGAACAGCUGAACCAGCUCAGUGGACUGGCAGCCAUUCUUCGCUUCCCCAUCCCUGACCUUUCUGAGCCCGAGGAGGACAGCAGCUCCGAUGAGGAAUAAUUGGAUCAUACACAUAUCAGACUUAUCUGCAGUCCUCACAGAGGACCAUAACACACAGGCAGAAAGACGUGUUACUCACUCACCUCAUGCUUAAAGGAAGGUACAUACUGGUAACAGAUAAAGGCGCUGACUGAUGAUGUAUUUGGGAAGAUAGCGUAUACAAGCCUCACACUAAGAUGGAUGCAGAAUUUGGCAGGGGUGGCAUCAGGGCCGUAGCUCACAGCGUGUAGUGUUGGAGUAGGGGGCAUGUGAACUGGGUUAGCUGAAGAAGUCCCACUGCACAGCUGGUUUACUUCACUGCUCCUGUGCACCAGUUAUUAAAACGGAGUGCCCUCAGUGACUGUUAGUGAGCACAGUGGUUGCGGGGAUUUGCUGCACCUCGUCAAAGUCAACACGAAUCGAUCUGCUUUGCAGUUAUGGCUGGCUGGCUUCUGCUUCUUAGUGCCAAGUUUAUACCAAACAUGCACAAAUAAUUCAUAAUGGUUUAAUAAGGAUAAACGUUGACAAAUGAGAUAUUUAAUGAAAAUAAAUAUAUUAUUAUUGCAUAUCUGCAUCUGUAAAUCUUUAUUUGUCGUUGACGUACCAAUUAAUCUUUCUGAACCGGCUAAUGAACAUUACUUUUUGCAGACUGUAAACAGUAUAAGGCAGUGCACGCACUCCGCUAAAAACAACAGAUCAUGUACAUUCCUACACAGCUUACAAGCCAGCACACUGCAGCUGUCAUGUUUUACAAAAUUUGCAUUUGUUAGUGUUUAUGUCAUUAAAUCAUCAACCGAGCAUUCCCCAAAAAUAUAACCAAAUGUUUACCUCAAAAUUAGUCAAAAAAUUUUUUUUUGCCUACUCAGGUAAAUGAUGUCAUCCCUAGCCUAAACAUGGAGGAAAGUAAGAGCUAGUUGAGUCAUGUCCAAAUAACAUGCUUAGUUUCAUAGUGGAGAGAAAAAAUUGAGGACAAAUUUUAAUGUUUUUCAUUUGCUAAUACAAUGCAGGGGGCUGUAUGUAGGCUGUAUAUAGGGAAGUGCACUGUCAAGAUUUUGUUAAUUAUGCAAAUACAAGAUUAAGUAUCAUGCAUUGUACUGGGUGUUAGUGUAAAAACUAUACAUACACAUAUACAUAAUUUCCCCAAAAUAUUAAAAGACUAA